UUCAGUCAUGUGAAAACGAAAGAAUCGUCUUGAGCACUUCUCCUAUUAAUCACUGUGAUAUAUUCAGUUUACCUGUAUAAUUUUCACGAUGUACGUUGUUAAAUAGAAACCGAUUGCGAUGCAUGACGCGUACGAGGCCAUUCCCAUCCUGGAGAAGCUUCCAUUGAAAAUCGAAUCUAUAGAAUGUUACGAUGACACAUUGCUUGUUGGAACAAAAGAAUGCCAUCUUUUACAAUACAAAGUGAAAACGCACAGCAGGUAUCAAAAAGCAGAGGUGAAAUUAGAGAGAUCAUACAAGAAUUUUGCCAGGAAACCCAUUUUACAGUUGGCAGUUGUGCCAGAAUUGUUCCUGCUCAUCAGUCUUUCAGAUAACAUCAUCAGUGUACAUGAACUGUCGACAUUUGGUCUAAUAACAUGUAUGUCCAAAACAAAAGGAGCCACACUUUUUGCCAUAGGUGUUCAGAGGACGAAGUCCUUAAGUGGAGAGGUCGCUUGUACACUCCGCCUGUCUGUUGCCAUAAAACGCAAGAUACAGACUUACUACUGGAAGAACCGAGAUUUCAUGGACCUCCAGCCUGAAUUCAACAUGUACGACGUUCCCAGAGAUAUGGUGUGGUGUAAGGAUACAAUAUGUGUUGGCUUCAAGCGGGACUAUUUCAUCGUUAAGAUUAAUACAGGGAACACUAAAGAGCUGUUUCCUGUAGGAACCAAACAACAGGAACCGAUCGUAACACGACUGGAGAAUGAUACUCUUCUUCUUGGGAGGGACGAAAUGUCCAUUCUCAUUGACGAUGAGGGUAGUCCUACGCAGAAAUACCCAAUAAACUGGACUGAUAUCCCAAUACAGAUAGAAAAUCACCCUCCAUAUCUCAUAGCCUUAUUACCUAAACAUGUGGAAGUCCGAACGAUAUCCCCACGUCUUCUCAUACAGAACAUUGACCUACAGAAAGCUCGCUACAUCUGCCAGGGAAGCGGUUGUAUAUAUGUGGCCUCCUCUAACUAUGUGUGGAAACUGAACGCCAUGCCUAUAGCUUACCAAAUACGACAGCUGCUGGAAGCAAACCAGUUUGAACUAGCUCUACAUCUCGCUGAUAUGACAGAGGAGCCAGAGGAUGAAAAACAGAACCGAAUUAACAGAAUAAAAACUCUUCAUGCAUUUAAUUUAUUUUGUGAAUGCAAGUUUGAAGAAUCCAUGAAUAUAUUUGUUAAAUUAGGAACAGAUCCAUCUCAUGUGAUAGGGCUCUACCCUAAUCUCCUACCCAACGAGUACCGAAGUCAACUGGAGUACCCUAAUCGGCCUCCGGAGCUGGAGGGGGGAGAUCUGGAGAAAGGUCUCCUGGCCUUACAGGACUAUCUUACUCAGAAAAGGGUGGAUGUUUGUAAGGAUAUCAAUAAAGAAGUUCAGACGACGGCCAUCAAGGAAGGAAACAAGACCAUCAAGUCUAAACGUCAACUCAGUCAGAUUAUAGACACCACCCUGCUUAAAUGUUAUCUACAGACAAACGACGCCUUGGUGGCGCCACUGUUGAGAAUCAAAGACAAUAACUGUCACGUAGAGGAAAGUGAAAAAAUCCUAAAACGUAAAGAGAAGUUCAGUGAACUCAUCAUCCUGUAUGAAAAGAAAGGACUUCACCAGAAAGCCCUAAAUCUGUUGAUGAACCAGGCUGCCCGUCCCAGCUCCCCACUCAAAGGCCAUGACCGCACAGUGCAAUAUCUACAACAUCUGGGAAGGGAACACCUAGACUUGAUAUUUGAGUAUGCUGAGUGGGUGUUAAAACAGCAUCCUGAGGAUGGACUCAAAAUAUUUACUGAAGAUUUAACUGAAGUAGACAGCCUUCCUCGGGAUAAAGUUUUCAAAUACCUUGAAAAAGCAGCAAAAGAUCUCGCCAUUCCUUAUUUGGAACACGUAAUUUUGGAAUGUGAAGACCAUAAUUCUGACUUCCACAAUUCCCUGGCUCAGUUACUUCGUGAUAAAGUCCAGACUCUAAUGGCGGACUAUAUCCAGUCACUACCUGAAGGGCACCUGCCUAGUAAGGCUGGACAAGAACAAGGUGAACUCGGAGAGUACCGUAGGAAGCUGAUCAACUUCCUACAAAUGUCACAUGACUACAUCCCAGAGAGAUUGCUGACACGGUUCCCAUUGGACAGUUUCUAUGAGGAGCGAGCCAUUCUGUUGGGGAGGCUAGGGAGACAUGAGUUGGCUCUCGGUAUCUACGUCCAUAUCCUCCACGAUACACCAGCCGCUGAAAGGUAUUGCCAGGAAUACUUUGAACGAAACAGAGAAGAGAAUAGAGAUGUGUACCUCGACUUGCUGAAGAUGUACUUACAGCCCCCAUCUUCCUCAGCCCUGGGGAUCUCCGCUGGUCAAGGGUUUACUCCUAAACCGAGUAUGGAGGCUGCCCUACGGCUUAUGAAGGAGCAUGCCUCUAAAAUUGACUCUACGAAGGCGCUAGAGUUGUUGCCAGCAGCGACUAGAAUUGAAGAAAUAUUAAAUUAUUUGGAAAGUGUGAUGGAACACCAGGCAACUGUAAGGCGGAAGAAUCAGGUCCUGAAAAGCAUGUUUUAUGCUGAAAAUUUACAGGUUCAUGAACAGACGAUGUUUUAUCACAAACACAAAGUGGUUAUCAAUGAUGAGAAGAUGUGUAAAGUCUGCAAGAAAAGAAUUGGAAACAGUGCGUUUGCCCGCUACCCCAGUGGAAUGGUCGUCCAUUACUUCUGCUGUAAAGACCCUAAAGUCAACCCGCUGGAGAAAUGACGAGGGACACUUACAUAGACGUUAAAUUGUGAUAGAUACACAUUCCUAAAGAGGAUUUCAAAUGCCUGAAUGGUCCUAUGGCUAGUUAGACAUUCUGAAGGAGACUUUGGAAUACAAAUCAAAGAUUUCAGUUAACACUGGAUAAAUUGACGGUUGACAGGGAGAGAAUGAGUGCAAUAUUAUGGAAAAUGCAGCAUGAUUGUUUCUUUGUGUGAAAGAAAAUGUGUUUAAGGCCGACCGGAGUAUCAUGGAAGUGUAAGUGGUUUCUCAAGCUUUUAUCAAAAUAUUCUUAAAAUUAGGCUCCAGAAACAGUCGAAUUGAUCAAACCAGUUAAGUUGAUGGCUUGUUAACAAUUCUACAGAUUCCUCAAGAAAAUGUUCCAAUUUGCUUCAAGUAUCAAUCCUGAAUUUGUCUUAACUUUUGUUUUUUAUAUCGUUUUUUUAUAAAACCAGAGACAUACAGCCUUAAUGUAAAUAAUAUUUUUGAGAAAAGUUAAUGAAUUGGCAAAUCAUAAAAUUCAUAUCAAGAACAUAUUAGAUAAAAUGUAAGUAAUCAAUGAUUCAAGAAAGAUGAUGCUAGUAUGAUGUCCAUGAGGGAAUAUUAGUUAUUCUGCAAAUGUCAGUUCUAGUUGUUUGUAAAUCUGUUGAUGACGUCCCCACAGCCAUCAUAUUUGUUAUCUCAGAAGAGAUUAUUUUUGUACGUCAGAAACAUCAUUUUCCUGGUAAAUUUUGCUUUUGCUAUAUUUAUUUUGUAGAUAAAUUACAGCUUUUGCCAAAACAUCUUGUCUGAUAUUUGGGAUAAUACUAUCUUUACUGUGCCAACCUUACUUUGUUUACUGUACAGGAGAUCUAUAAUUGCUGUGUGUUUUGGUACAGUAGUUCAUGUGUAAAUUGGAUUUAUGGUGAUAUGACAGGGUUAGGAAAUAAUGAACCGGUUGUCAUGGAAAUUGUCAUGAGUGAUCUUUUUUUCAAAUGUGCCAUCAUUUGUUUUGUUGCAAAACUUUACUAUGCCAUUCCAUGCUGAUUUUCUUGAUAUCUAGACUUUUACGGAAAAGCAUGCAAUUUUUCCAAGAAGUUAUUAUUUCAAAAAAGGAAUGAAAAAAUGCCACAGUUCUCUUGAAGUGUUUAGUGGUUACAGGGAGAAUCCUGUUUGAGCUGUGAAACUUUAUCUACAAGGAACAGUUUUUUUCAGGACAUUUCUACUCACCAAAAUAUGGAAAUUUGAUCAUUGCAAAAAAAAGUGAUUUUGUCCUGAAUCAUAUAACCUUUCUUGCAGUUAUAUAUUAGUAGAACAUGAAAAAAUCUUGACAUUACCAUGGAAUUAAAAAUGAUACAACACAC